GGACAGGGCGCGCCGCCGGCCGGAGCGCUGAGGGCGGCGGACCGCAUCCCGGAACGAGCGAGAUGGCGCGCAGCGGCAAGGCGGCCAUAGUGCUGUGCCUGGAUGUAGGCUUUACAAUGAGCAAUUCUGCCUCUGGUGAGGAGUCUUCACUUGAACAAGCCAAGAAGGUUAUGACAAAGUUUGUGCAGCGACAGGUUUUUGCUGAGAGUAAAGAUGAAGUCGCUGUAGUUUUGUUUGGCACAGAUGGUACUAGGAAUGAACUUGCCAGUGGGGAUCAAUACCAAAACAUCACUAUACAUAGGUCACUAAUGCUACCAGAUUUUGAUCUGCUGGAAGACAUUCAAGAUGUGAUUAAACCGGGCUCUGAGCAAGCAGACUUUCUGGAUGCAAUUAUUGUGUGUAUGGACUUGCUUCAGAAGGAAACAAUAGGAAAGAAAUACGAGAAGAGACACAUUGAACUAUUUACAGACCUUAGUAGUCCUGUCAGUGAGGAUCAGCUGGAAAUUAUCAUUGCUAACUUGAAGAAAACAGGAAUUUCACUUCAGUUUUUCCUGCCAUUUCCAGUGGAUGUUGAUGGAGGUGGAGAUACAAGUGCCAGUGGAUGUUCUCAAAACCACAAAAAUGUGGUGAGGAAACUGAUGCAUACUUUGGAUGAAGGAGGAGGGCUGGAAGAAAUUUAUACUUUCAGAGAAAGCCUGGAGCGUCUUUCAAUGUUUAAGAAAAUAGAAAGAAGACCUAUGGCUUGGCCCUGCCAGCUCACUAUUGGUUCUAAUUUGUCUAUAAGGAUUGUGGCCUACAAAUCAGUCACAGAAGAGAAGGUGAAAAAAGUUUGGACGCUUGUGGAUGCUAAAACCCUCAGAAAAGAUGAUGUUCAAAAAGAAACUGUUUACUGCUUGAAUGAUGAUGAUGAGACAGAGGUUCAGAAAGAUGAUACCAUUCAAGGGUUUCGCUAUGGGAGUGAUAUAGUUCCUUUUUCCAAGGAAGAUGAAGAGCAAAUGAAAUACAAAACAGAAGCAAAAUGUUUUUCUGUUUUGGGAUUCAGCAGAUCCUCUCAGAUCCAGAGGCAUUACUACAUGGGUAGCCAUGUUCUGAAGGUCUUUGCAGCGAAAGAUGAUGAGAAUGCAGCAGUUGCUUUUUCUGCCCUUGUUCAUGCAUUGGAUGAGUUGAAAGUGGUAGCUAUAGUGCGUUACGCUUUUGAUAGAAGAUGCAACCCGCAAAUUGGGGUAGCCUUUCCGUAUAUUAAGGAUGCAUACGAGUGUCUCAUCUAUGUGCAACUACCCUACAUGGAAGACUUAAGACAGUACAUAUUUUCAUCCUUGAAAAACAAUAAAAAAUGCAUUCCUACAGCGGAUCAGUUAUCUGCUGUUGACUCUUUGAUUGAUUCCAUGAAUUUGAUUUAUGAAGAUGAUGAUGGAGAAACUUUUGAGGACCUGUUUAAGCCCAGCAAGAUACCAAACCCUCAUUUUCAGAGGUUAUAUCAAUGUUUGCAGCAUAAGGCUUUUCACCCCAAUGAGCCAUUGCCACCAGUUGAACAGCACCUUUUAGAGAUGCUGGAGAUACCCCAUGUGGUAAAAGAAAGGUGUCAGGCUUCUCUUGAAAAAGUAAAAGCACUUUUCCCCCUAAAGGAAGUUGGCAAGAAAAAAGAAGAGAAGACUGCUCAAGACAUCUUCAAAGACAACAGUGAUGAUGGACCCAACCCUAAGAAACCAAAAAUUGAAGACGAGGAAGGUAGCUUUAGCAUAAUGAAACUUGCUGAAGGCAAUGUCACCUCUGUUGGCAGUGUUAACCCAGCAGAAGAUUUCCGAAUUCUGGUGAGGCAGAAAAAUACUGACUUCAAAGAUGUGAGUCAGCAGUUGAUAAACCGCAUUGAUCAGUUCCUGGAAAAUAAAGGUUCACAGUACUACAUGAAAGGGAUCAAUUGUAUCAGAGUUUUCAGAGAGGAGGCCAUAAAGCUGUCCAAGGUGCAGUGCUUUAAUGAUUUUCUGCGGGCCCUGAAAUCAAAGGUGGAAGAUAAAGCCUUAGCUGAUUUAUGGGAGAUCAUGAUACAAGACAGAAUUUCUUUGAUCACUAAAGAUGAAGCAGAGGGAAGUUCGGUGACUAGUGAAGAGGCUGAAAAGUUCUUGGCUCCAAAAGAAAAGAAAAAUGAAACUCUGCCUCCCACAGAUGAAGGUGGUGAUGUUGAUGAUUUGCUGGACAUGAUGUGACUGGGUGACAUACGGUGACUAUACAAGCAAAGUUUUGGAAGAGAUCUCCCUGUGAGAUGGGGCACAAAACAGGAUACUAAUGAGAAGAGAGUCUAUCCAUCUUUAUUUUCUCAAAAGAGAGCAGUCCCAGAGACAUUUUCAGUUGGUAUAAAUGUCAUCUGACUUCUCAGAACUAGAAUAGAAGAUUGAAAUAAUCCAAAGUAUUUGUGAAGUAAUAAUACCUUUAAGGCAUCUCUGUUGUAUUUUCUUUAGCACACUGAAUCUAGCUUAUCCUUGCUAUUGCUUUCAGCUAAACACUACUAAAUUUAAUGAGAAUCUGUGCUGGCAUCUGAAAUUCUUGUUACAUUGCCUGGGAAGGAAGAUACAAAUGUCACAGUGAGGUUAUCAGGUAAUGUUGAAUCUUUAGUAGAGCUAAUUCAAUAGCAUUAUUGUUACGGAAGGGAAAAAGUCUCUAUUUUCCUGCUUUUUUCCUAUUAAAAAAAUAGAGGGGGGAAAAAACCCACAGGGACUUACAGGAAAAAAUUCUAGGCCAGGGAGUCACAAAUUAAUAGUUUGAAACACACAACAGAAUCUAAAGCACACAGCAAAGCCAAGUGUGCUGAUUUUGCCACACUGUGCCCAAAUCAGUACUUAUGGUCAUUUCUGUACUACAGGUUCUCUAGACUGUCAGCUCAGCAGCAGGUCAACUGUCUCUGUCUCUUUCUGUUACAGAUUUUCCCGUUUCAUUUUCCAGACUUUUAGCUAGUACAGUUACUGUAGAUAAUCCUGAUGCUGGAAGGAUGAAUGAAUCAGUUAUAUCCCCAUUUCAUACUCUGCAGAUAACUGCUAACACUGAGCAGAAGAAUCCAUGAAAACUGUACACUGGCACCUGUGAUAGAUAACUGAUAAUAGUUAUCGUUAGUAAUGAAAAUGGAGUACUGUCUACACAGAGCAAUCCAAACUAGUCAAAUACUGCUUAGAAAGAGAUACUCAAAUUUGAUUACAGAUCUGGAGAGACACUAAUGACACCUUCACAGAUGCUUGUUUGUUACAACCAGAUUCGUUCCUUCAAAAAAUGUUCUGUCAUUAUUGCAAAUGUAUAAACAUACUGUGCAAAAUGGUAUUAAGAUCAUCAAAAAAGAAAAAAAAUAAUGAGCUGUAGUUAAAAAUUGUUUUGGAAUACCUGCACUUUAUAGCAAAAAAACAACAGCUGCUGUGUGGGAAACAGCAAUUGCUUUUUGCCCCUACCUCCCUACACAGCGACCUGCUUUCUCCUCUCUUAUAUUGUGACUGAGUUCAUGCAGACUUUGAAAGGGUUUCCAAAAUGCAGGUGACAAGGAAUGAGUGAUCUUUCCAGACCUUUAGAGCAUUUCUGUCACCAAAAGAUACUUUUCUGAACUGUAAAUAAGAAAUAUUUGGUCAGUCCAUUGUUUUGAAUGUCUUUUAAGGCCAAUUUAUAGCGUAUAACACUGGCUGGGGUGGGUUUUUUACAUUUUAUUAAUUUGUUUGAUUAAUAAAAUAUUUUAAAAUUUGCUUUUUUCUUCUUCAGAACCAUGUUUGCUAAAAUCAGAAGAUUAAG